UCCUGGACUACCGUGAACACAUCACAGUCUCAAGUCCUGAAGAUAACAGGGGCGGUUGAGAGAAGUGAAAGCGGCAGGGACGAGCUCUCAGUGGACGAGGAUAUCUGCGAAACCGACGGUCAGAAAAUACUGCUGUCCUCUCAGAAAGCAAAGUUUUACUCUCAGCAAGGUUAAAAACUCCAGAGCUUGUUUGCUGUGUUUCCUGCUUCUGAGGUUAAGCGGAGUCGCUCUUUAAAUGCAUUCUGUUCGGUGACUACUGCUACAGAACAAGACGACACAGACAUGGAAAAUGGGAAGAGCCGCCUGGAGCAGGUUCAGGAGGAUGUGGAGGAGGUGAAGGGCAUCAUGCUUGAAAACCUAAACAAAACUGAAGAGAGAGGUGACAAAUUGGAAGACCUGGAGAAUAGGGCUGAUGUCCUGUUGGCAAAGAGUAAAAAUUUCGAAAAGACUGCAAAUCAGGUGAAGCAAAAGAAGAGGUGGGAGAACAGGAGGAUGAAAGUGGUGUUCAUUGCAAUCGGAGUGGCAGUUGGCCUCGUCAUUGUUGGACUUAUAAUCUUUGCCAUUGUUAACAGCACAGGAGAACAGUAAUGUGAUAGAAAUGACAUCUGAACUGAGCGACAUGAUGAGGAUGAAGAGAAGAGCAAAAAUGUGUACAGACGUCUGCAACUCACUGAACUGCUAAGUGUCUGAAAUAGUUGAAAUAGUGAGUUUCUACUGUAUCUAUUUAGGGGUCACUAUCACCCCAGUCCUGCUUAGUCCUCUGUUGAUAUGGUACCAGCGAUUGAUCGGCUGCAUCUUAAUAGUCAUAAGCACAAAUCAUGAUGAGGAUCAGAUCUACGUCAGAACUGACUGCCCCCGACCCCUGUUCCCGUCCCCAGGUGAAGCUAAUGAGUGAAAUGUCAUAUUCUGACUAAUAUUAUUAGACUGCAGCUUUUCUAAUUUAUAGUACAGAGGGAUUUAACACAAGGCCACAUUAAAAAAAUGAACAUUUCUUCUUGGUCGUCAGAAAGUUUCAAAUCAGAAAAGAUUAACUGGUAUUCUGUCCCAUCAAAUUUCCUCUACAAAAAAGUCUGCUUCAUUAAAAUGUCAAUAAAUCUGUUACAGAGUGUCAUGAUCUCUACAUGUCUGCGUACAGAUUUAUGUCCUGAAAUAUUCAUGCGUUGCUUAUGUUUGGUGUUUUGACUUUGUAAGUGAAAACAAAUAGUUAAUCACUUUUGUGCUGAUUGUUUUUUUUUUUUUUUGUCAUUCAUAAAGGAUUCACAUAAAUUUCUGACUUUUGAAAGUCUGCUUUGUUUCAUGACCACUGUAAUACAGAACAGAGACAGAGACAGGCUUUUCACAGCAUGUUCUUGUUGUUUUCAAUGUUCUGGGAAUGUUAUGACUCAGUGAAAUAUAACAAAUCCUCCGACAACAUGUAAUAACAGAGUGUGUGUGUUCAGUGAUGUAAUGAAAGGAGAUAAGUUCAAAGAGCCAGCUGGAGUCAAGUCUAUUAAAUGAUAAAAAAAAUAAAACCCACAAUUUUAAUACUGAAGCACCAAAGCACUCAGAUUGAUCUGAUUUAUGUCACUCCUAAAAUAUGUAAACACCCGCAUGCUGUCCAACUUUUUAAAAGGAUGUAUUUUUUUGCAAGUUGGACCGUGUGCGGGUGUUUACCUUUGAACUGUUUGCUGGAUACCCUGCCCUCCGACGCACCUGUCCUGAGAAAUAGGUGUGUGAAGUAACCUUUCCAUAGUGACUCCUAAAAUAUGCCCAUAUAAACCUCUUUAUGAUGAUGAUGACAAUCAGCUCAAAACAACCAAUAGCAACAGUAAGAUAAGCUCUUUGACAUUGGCAGAGAUUUGUUGUUUUUCAUGGGUGCAACCCACAUACUCAGCUCUGCUCCCCAUCCCACAAAUACAUGUUCCUUACAAAUAUGGCACUAUUUUAAAGGGAAAUAAACAGGCUUCCCAACUGUG